AUGGCUGGGGACUCGGCAGACGAAUGUGCUCCUCUGCUCCGUGGGAAUACGGGGGACCCUGAUGCACAUCCCUCUGGGGCGUGCUCUAUUUGUUCGAAGGGGAAGCCCAAAGUCUCGUCAUAUGAAAAUCCGUCGGAAUCCACACCCCUUCUCGCUGAUGGAGCAAGUCAAGAAAUCCGAUAUUUGGGGGAUGUUGGCUGUCCACCAUCGUCCUCCCAUGAGUCAUCUUCAGUCCGGUCGUCCACAAAACAGGGAAAGAGAUGGAUCACCCCACCUUCAUCUGUCGCACUGCUAGGCCUUGUGCUGACGAUAAUAGCAGUUCUUGGGCUAGGCUUUGCGAGCCCAACUAUUAUCAAACAAUAUACUGAGAGCGCCUCAGUUUUUAAGGCGACUGAUGUGUCCGUCAAUUCGUUUACACCGGAUGGAGUGCAGGCCAGAGUUCAGGGCUCCUUUGUUCUCGAUGCGUCACGGGUGCCAACGAAAUUUGUACGUGAUCUUGGGCGCUUUGGAACGUGGUUAGCAAGAGAGAUCAAAAGCGACGCGACUGAAGUCCAAGUUUAUCUUCCGGAAUACGGCAACAUCUUGCUGGCAACUGCGACCAUACCACCGCUGAGAGUCAGUAUCCGUGAUGGGUACACAAAUAAGAUCGAUUUUAUAACGGACUUGAGACCUGGGGAUAUGGCUGGAGUUCGAGCUGUGGCGAACGACUGGCUCCAAGGCCGCCUUGGCCAGCUGCGCGUUAAAGGAGUUGCUACAUUCAACAUCACGAAGUUGGACUUUCAUGAAGUCGCGACACCAGGACAUCAAAAAGCCAUGGAGGUGGACGUUUCAGUGCUUGUCGUCAAUCGGUAUCCGGUCAGGCUCACUAUGCCACCGAUGGGCUUCAAAAUUUCUCUACCAAACUGUUCUCCUAGCGACGCCUAUAUUCUAGUAGCUAAUGCUACAACGGACCUAGUUCAAAUCGUCCCUAAUAAGCCCGUGAAUAUCUCUGCUAAAGGUCUCAUUGGUCAACUUUCCAAUGCCUUGACGACUGUUUGUCCUGGUACCAACUUUUCACCUUUAGAUAUUCUAGUUGAAAAUUAUAUCAGUGGGCAAGAAUCGAAAAUUUACAUUGGCGGAGGAAAAUCUCCUUCAUCUAAUUUGCCAAGUUGGAUAGAAGGCUUUCUGAGAAACGUUACUGUUCCUGUACCUUUUGCAGGCCGUGCGCUUGGUCAUUUAGUUCGAAACUUUUCAAUGACCAACGUUCAUUUCUCCCUACCAGACUCGCUCGCUAAACCUAAUACACCUGAAGCACAGCCUAUGGUUUCCGCGUUGGUCAAAGCAGUAAUCGGUCUUCCCAGAGGGAUGAACUUUUCGUUAGAUGUCUCUCACGUUCGGUCCACCGCAUAUAUUUACUAUGAAGGAAAAGAGCUUGGUUUCAUAAAUAUAAAGAAGUGGCAAAAUUUUACCGCAACUCGAAUCGAGGACGGGCAGCCUCCGUCUGCAGCGUUACUACUCCAGUUUGAUGUCAAGAAGGCGCCAUUGCAAGUCACCGAUGAGAGCACUUUUUUGAGCGUCGUCCAGGCUUUACUACUCGAGCGCAAACCUGUUCGUUUACAUGUAAAAGCAAAGGUGGAUGCAGAAACAGACACUGCUAUUGGGAAAUUCAUAAUCCGAGAGAUUCCAGCCAGUAGUAACAUUACUGUGAAGCCGCCCAUGAGCGGAGGAUUUUCGGACUUCAAGGCUACUGUGGAGACCAUAGAAGUAGUAGAAACUACAGAGUCAUCUAUUCUUCUUGGAUCAAAAUUGAAAUUCACAAAUCCAACUGAGUAUUCAGCGGACAUCCCUUUCAUAAAUUUGCGAGUUGCGCACAACGGAACCAACGUUGGCCACGUGACUGCUCGAAACCUUUCGAUAUCACCAGGAUUGAAUUCCGGCAUUGAAAUAUUUGCUCUCUGGGAUCCAUUGCAGUUUGGUGGGAAGGAUGGAAUUGCUGCUGGCCAAGACCUGAUUUCUCGUUUUGUUUCAGGGUUCAAUACUUCCAUCGCCCUUAAGCCGCAUCGAGACAUGAUUCCCGUUCUCCCUAACUUAGGGACGGCAUUAUCGUCUCUGGAGCUGGACAUUCCGGUUCCCAAGCUUGGGGCACCAGAGGAUGAUGGUCAACCACACUUCAUUAAAGAUGCAACGUUGUACUUGUGGUCUUCGACUGCGGCAUUCACCUUGGCUUCACCACUCUCGUCUACGACACUUCUCAUUACCUCCAUUGAUGCAACAGCAUUCUACAAUCAUAGUGAGCCGGUAGGAAAGAUCAAGUAUGACCAUCCAUUUAAGGUACCGCCUGGGACUUCCCAAACACCCCGGCUGCCGGUGGAGCUAGAUCUUGGCGGCGCAGGAUACGAAGCAAUCCGCGAGGCAUUAGGAGGGACAUUAAAAAUGGAUGCCGUCGCUGACGUCGACGUGCAGCUCGGAAACUAUUCGAAUACAGUGUUCUACAAAGGAAAAGGGAUCGGCGCGAAGAUACGGAUAUAG